UACCCUUGAGCAUGUACAAGUUCGGUCCUCUGGGUUCCUCGCCCCUUGCCAGCUUGUCCCCCAGGCAGCCCGCAGCAUGAUUUCCAUCACCGAAUGGCAGAAGAUUGGCGUGGGCACCACCGGCUUCGGCAUCUUCUUUAUCCUUUUUGGAAUGCUCCUGUACUUUGAUUCGGUGCUCCUGGCCUUCGGAAACCUGCUGUUCCUGACCGGCCUCUCCCUCAUCAUCGGCCUGAGGAAGACGUUUUCCUUCUUCUUCCAGAGGCACAAGCUCAAGGGCACCAGCUUCUUCCUGGGGGGUGUGGUCAUUGUGCUCCUGCGCUGGCCCCUGCUGGGCAUGCUCCUGGAAACCUAUGGCUUCUUUAACCUCUUCAAGGGCUUUUUCCCUGUUGCCUUUGGCUUCCUGGGCAAUACCUCCAACAUCCCCUUCCUGAGCACGCUGUUCCGGAGGCUUCAAGGCACCAGCUCAAUGGUCUGAACAGCAGAGAUGAGCUCCUUGAACUUGGAUCAUUGGUUGAGGGGGCUGCAAAGGAAAUGGGGGCCACCCCCACCGGCCCCCCCUGCACUGACUCAUCUCCCCAUCAUACCUGGACCUCUCCAAGUACAGAAGGAAGGAUGGAGCCGAGUGACUGACCUCAAAUCCCCAUGUCGAUGCAAGAAGCUGUCAGGACUGUUGGGAGCGGCGAUCCAGGGCCCAUGGAGAUGGGACUGGGAUCACACGCCCCCUGUAUUUAUCAGAGGAAAAGCAAAGAUUAAAUC